UCUCUCUCUCUCUCUCUCUCUCUCUCUCUCUCUCUCUCUCUCUCUCUCUCUCUCUCUUUCUCUUUCUCUUUCUCUCUCUUUUUAUCUUUACCUAUCUAUCUUUCUCUUUUCUCUCUUGAAAGUUAUAAGAAAAGAAGAAUUUCGUAUGAGCGCUUUAGCAACGAUAUCUUAUGAUAUUUGCUUCGAAAUAUUCUAAUAAACUUCCUAGUUACGGUGCCAACAAAAUUAUUGACUGGUACAGACUCGUAAUAAUUUUCAAAUAUAAUUGCGUCUUCAAUUACUCUUUUUUUCAUAAUUUAUAUAUAUAUAUAUAUAUAUAUAUAUAUAUAUGUCUAUAGAUAGAUAGGUAUUAUGUGAAAUUAAAAAGAAAAUAAAAAAAAUAAUAUCAUUGCAGAAGUACUAAGAAAAAAUUUGCGUAUUUGUGUGUGUCGCAUAAAUUUCUAACACGUAAAUACGUUUUAUCUGUAUAUAAUAAUCGUAAAUUCAUGAGAUAUUAGAUAUACAUUAGAUGAUUAAACGUCGUUAUGAAUUUUCUGAUAUGAAAGAUAAUUAUUACUAUCUUAAAUAAUUAAGCUAAUAUGUAAUAUCCUAAAACUUACUAUAUACAAUUUAAUUUAAUAUAAUUGAAUUUCUUUGUUUUCGAUUAAAUAUAUAUAUAUAUAUAUAUAUAUAUAUAUAUAUAUAUAUAUAUGAGAUAAUAAGAUAAAAUAUAUCCAAGAUGAUAAAUGGAACGGUGAAAAAAUUAUAUACAUAACUAUAUAUACAUAUAUUAUAAAAUUAAACGAUAACAAUCCCGUGUGUUAUAAUAUUCACUUUAAAAUUAACAAAAGGUUAAAAGAUUCUUUUAAUUAAGAUAAUUGAAAAGAUUGAAAAUAUACAUUUCUAAUAAGAUAUAUAUAUAUAUAUACACAAAAAUAUACUUCGAUGUAUAUAGUAUAUAUAAUACAUGUUACAUGUUACAUAUAUAUAUAUAUAUAUAUAUAUAUAUAUAUAUAUAUAUAUAAAAUAUGUAUAACAUGUUAAUCUUUAAUGAAAACUAAACUAUUAAAGGUACACGAAUGAAUAUCAUAUUAAAUUUGUAAAAGAAAAAAAAUCUAUAAAAGAACUAGCACGUCUCGAAGUCCCGAUAAGUCGUAUGAAAAUAUUACUGCAGUCUCGUGUCAAGUGCCUGCAAUAGAGGUGCAUUUGGAGCCGAGAAAAUUUGUUAUUGAAGAACGCAUGCCCCUAUCGAUAAAAGGUUCGUUAGAAAAGAAAAAGAAAAAAGAAAAAGGAAAUAAAAAAGGGAAAAGAGGAAAAGAAAUAAGAGAAAAAGGAAUGAAAUAAGAGGCUGUGCCUCGAUUCGUUUAUUUCUUUCGAUCAAACAAAAAAUUACACACAUACACAUACAUACAUAUAGAUGUAUAUAGAAUAUAUAUAUAUAUAUAUAUAUAUAUAUAUAUAUAUAUAUAUAUUCAAGAAAUAAUGGAGAAGUUUAAAUCAUAAUUUGUGUUAAUUUCAUCGUUUUCGUCUUCUCGGUUUUAAAUAUAUCGACUUUUCUUCUCUCUCUUUCUCUCUCUCUCUCUCUCUCUCUCUCUCUCUCUAUUUCACACGUCUCUCUUAUAACAUCGUAUCUGCUUAUGGGUCGAGCUGCAAGUUACGUAUAAACAAGUAUAUAUACAAAUAUUAUUCGAUGCACUUCGAGAAAAGUAUCGAGCACGUCUCAAGAGGAAAAGCUCUCGUCGAACAGUUUCAUUAUCGACAACUUGCGAGAAUUAUAUUAUCCAGUUCUAUAGAUAUCUAUGGGAAAGUUUUACUGCAGGCAAUCAAAACUUACUGGAAUGCUCUUGUUCGAGAAAGAUAGAGAAAGAGAGAGAAAGAGAAAGAGAGAGAGAAAGAGGUAGGGAAUGAGAGAAAGAGAAAGAUAAAGAGAAAACGAGAAAAACACAAACGGAGUAUUAAUAAUCAUGAUAUAUAAAUAUAUAUAUUUAUCUUAUAUACAUAUUUACGGAUGUAUAUGUUUAUUUAAUGAUUUACUUUCAUGUAUUUUUGUGAAUAGACAUAUUCGAUCAAGAAAACAAUAAAUAAGAAAUAGUAGUAAUUUCAAAUCGUACAAAACGAUAUCUUUAUUUUUCUCUCUUUCUGUGUUCAAAUUUAAAUCGCUAUUUACUUAUUUAUAUAUUUAUUCAUUUCAUUAAAAAAUAUCGUUUUGCCUGAAACAAUAGAAAAAUAAAGUAUUUGUGCUACGGAUAAACAUGCAGAUGGGCAAAACUUCAGCGCGAGUUGAAAAGAUUCUCCUAAAAAAAAAAAAAAAAAAAAACAAACAAAAAAAGAAAAGAGAAAAAAAUAGAGAGAAAAAAAGAAAAGAAAAGAAAAAAAAAAGAGACAGGGAAAGGAAUAUUUAAUCUGCUUUACAUAUCACGUGUGAGCGGCUUAAUUAUACAAUAAAAUUCAAAAGAUUAUUCUAAUUAAAAAAUUUCAAAAAUAUAAUAAUAUCUGCUUACGACUUAUCGGUAUCUACUAGAGACGUGAUUACACUCAGAUAUUCCUGACUGUCUUCUUACCUUCGAGAUAUUAUAAUAUAAGGGUGCGUUUAAGCAAAAAGGAAAAAAAAAGAAAAAGAAGAAAAAAGCGUAUAAAAAAAAAAAUUAUAAUGAAAUUUAAAAAAAAGGACACGCACGUUUCCUAAGCUUUCGAUCUUUUAGCGAUCCAUACGCUACAUUAUCGAUGUAGCGUUAAUCCUAUCGAAUAUCUUCAAAGUUUUUCCAAAUUUUGCUUUCGUCGUGUCACGAAUAUAAAUCAGAUUUGUGUGUGAACUAUUAAAAAAUAAAUAAAAAGUCCUCGAAAAUGCGAAAUCUAUUUCGAUAUCUUUACAUUAUACAUAUAUAAUCUCUUGAAAAAAAAAAUAUAUAUAUAUAUGUAUUAUUAGUUGAGGCACUCUAUGAUUUAUAAUAAGGAAAAAUUAAAAGAAAAAGAAAAAAAAUUUAAGGAAAACAAAAAAAGAUAUAUAUAUAUAUACAUACGUGAAAGAUAAGGGAAAAGAUAAGAUAAUAUGACGAAACGCGUUAAUAAAAUUACGAAACGUGUGUUUCGUGUUUAUCUCGCAUAUGUAAAUGAGACUGCAAAACGAGAAAAUCACAAAAAAAGGCAUUAAGCCUGAGUUACAUACUUUAUCGACGUUCCUUUUCGAGAUAUUCUAGUUAAAACUAAGCGGGAUUAUUAAUCGAUCACAAAUCAUCAGCUGGUUGUGAGUAAAUGUUAAUUAAAUAUAUCAAACCGCUUACACAGGGAAUAGAGAACGAAUAAAAGCGAUAGCGAAUAAUAAGGGUUUAAUUUUUUUUUCGUUUUCUUUGUUUCUUUUCUUUUCUUUUCUUUUCUUUUCUUUUUUAUUCCUUUUUAUAUAUAUAUUUUUUCAGUUCGAAGAAACGAUUCGCCAUUAACGAGAGCCAAUUAAUUUUUCAAACGUACUUUUCACUUUAUCCUAGAAUUAUAAAAGAAGCUCCUAACUUUCGAUUUUUCAUUCGAAUAAACUACGAAGUACGAAAACUUUGCACUUCUAUUGUCCGAGCCAAUCGAUUUAAGUUACUUUUUAUUAUAAGAGUAGACGUAUUUUAGAUUAUAAUUUGAAAAUAAAAUUGAAAUUAUAUAUAUAUAUGAUUCAAUUUUACAUAUAUGCUUAUAUUAUCGACAAAUCGUUUCUUCGUAAUACGUUAUAUUAUAUCGACGUUUUUCGACAUUUUCCUCUCUCGAUAUUCCUUCUCGACAUACUGUGUAAGUGAUAUUAUUAACCUAAUCGUAUUAUACCGAUAACCUCGUUAAAACAGAGAAUCAAAAAAAAAGGAAUAAAAAAGUUAAAAAAAAAAAAAAAGAAAUAAAUGUACAACUCGGUAAGAGUGUAUAAUCUUCGAAAGACGAACGAUAGUUACACGAGACGAAUGGCCGAAGCAAUCGAGGUUUAGCUGUUGUUCUAAAUGUUAUCUAUGAUUCAAUCGAGAUUUUAAUGUUACAUAUAUUUAUAAGCUAACUAACAGUAAAACAAUAAUAACAACAAAUAAGAAAUAAACAAACAAAAUCGUACUAAUUUAAUCUGCACUGAAUUAUAUUAAAUUUAAAUUUAAAUUUAAAUUGAAUUGAAUUGAAAAAUAAAAAACAAAAAAUAAUACUACGAGAUAUAUGUAAAAGAGACGAAAAAAAAAUUUACGAAAAUACUGCAACAAUAUUAUUAACAAAUGAAAAAUAUAAAACCUAUGAUCUUUCUUGUUCUGACGAAACGAAAAAUAAAUAAAUAACAAAGCAAAAGACGGCAAAACAAAUAAAAGAAAAAGAAAAAAAAAGGUGGGCUAAUAUCUAUAUCUUUGAAUAUUAUACAUUAAUCGUUAAUGCUGUUUAUUGUCUAUCAAACAUUUUAUAUCUUCGGUCUGGAUACAUUAAAAUAGAAAAUAUUCUUCUGUAGAUAA